CCCAAGACACCACUGCCCAUUGAAUAUUUAGAUAAAAAACAGUAACUUUGUACUCUGGGCUGUAACGCUGGACAUAGGUAUAGCAAAACCCCACAUUCUACAAUCCGCCGCUAAUGCCGAAACGGCAACUGGCAACUUCCCUUUUCAUCGCCAUCUUCUUCUACCCUCCUAAAACCCCGGCGGCGGUCACCAAAGGCGAGUAGCAUAGUGCUUCCAUCGGCCACAGGAUGGGCAGAAGAGGAAGAGGGUCUCGCACUCAGAGGAAGCAUUUUAAGGAGAACAGGAAGAAUGUUUGGAAGGGACCGAAAACCGAUCCCUCCUCUGAUCCCAAUAACCCCACCGGCGACAACACCACCUGGAAGCCCUUCGCCACCCAGAACCCCGCCUUUGAUGAAUACUACAAGGAGCAAGGUAUAGUGUCGCCAGAAGAUUGGGAUGCCUUCAUUGAAAUGCUUCGGAAACCUCUUCCUGCUGCUUUCAGGAUUAACUCCAGUAGCCAAUUUUGUGAAGAUAUCAGGUCCAUACUAGAGAAGGACUUUGUGAGAUCUCUUCAAGCUGAGGCCAUUGAAGGGGGUGAACCGGAGGCUCUGAAACCUUUGCCUUGGUACCCUGAUAAUCUUGCAUGGCAGUCAAAUUUUUCCCGCAUGCAGAUUAGGAAAAACCAAACCCUUGGAAGGUUUCAUGAGUUUUUAAAGCUAGAAAAUGAGAUUGGAAACAUCACCAGACAGGAGGCUGUCAGCAUGGUGCCUCCUCUCUUCCUAGAUGUACAUCCAGAUCAUUUGGUACUUGAUAUGUGUGCGGCACCAGGUUCAAAAACAUUUCAGUUACUUGAGAUUAUGCACCACUCGACAAAGCCACAAUUAUUACCUGGUGGCAUGGUUAUAGCUAAUGAUCUUGAUAUCCAAAGAUGUAAUCUUCUCAUCCACCAAACAAAAAGAAUGUGCACUGCCAACCUCAUAGUUACAAACAAUGAAGCUCAACAUUUCCCUGGUUGCUGUUUGUACAAAAAAUGGUCACGUGGUUCAGAAAUGGCGAAUGAAUUAGAGCCAAGCACUAGGCAACUUCUAUUUGAUCGUGUCCUAUGUGAUGUUCCUUGCAGUGGAGAUGGUACCCUUCGCAAAGCUCCAGAUCUCUGGCGCAGAUGGAAUACAGGAAUGGGCAAUGGGCUCCAUUUCCUACAAGUACAUAUUGCCAUGCGAGGUCUCUCUCUGCUUAAAGUUGGCGGAAGAAUGGUUUACUCAACCUGCUCAAUGAACCCAGUUGAAAAUGAAGCUGUAGUUGCUGAGAUUCUACGGAAAUGUGGAGGGUCUGUGGAACUGGUCGAUGUCUCUUGUGAGCUUCCUCAACUAGUUCGACGGUCAGGUCUGAGAAAAUGGAAGGUAUGUGACAAGGGAGUUUGGUUUGCUUCCUACAAAAAUGUUCCCAGAUUCCGAAGAAGUGUGGUUGCUCCCAGCAUGUUUCCUUCUGGCAGAAGUUACGUAGACACAGCUGACAAUAACCAGAAGUGUGAGAAUGGUGAAGGUGUACAUUCUGAAAAUGGAACCCAACCAGAAGAAGAUCCUAUGACAUCAAUUGAUGAUGUGGAGGAGGAAGCUUCUGAUCUCCCACUAGAACACUGCAUGAGAAUAGUGCCUCAUGAUCAGAACACCGGAGCCUUUUUCAUUGCUGUCCUUUGCAAACUUUCCCCCUUGCCAGCAACUCAGGACAAAUCUGUUAGUGUACGAGAGAAUAAGUCAACUGGAAAUGAUGAACUAGUUGAAAAAUUAUCUAAUCAUGCGAUUGAAGAUACAAGAGUUGAUUCAGUAGGUGGUACAGAUGAGAGGAUAUCUGAAGCAGGUUCAGAGGCUGACUUGGUUGGUGAACUAGAUGGAGUUGCCUUUGAAUCCAGUCAUGCAGAAGCUGAACAGGGGCCUUCUGAUAACAAAGCCGAGUCAGCAAAAUCUGUAGGAAACAGAAAACUGCAGAUUCAAGGCAAGUGGAGAGGGGUUGAUCCUGUUAUUUUCUUCAAAGAUGAAACUAUCAUCAACAGCAUUAAGACAUUUUAUGGUAUUGAUGAAGCCUUUCCAUUCAGUGGCCACCUCGUCUCAAGAAACAACGACACUAACCACGUGAAGAGAAUUUACUAUAUUUCAAAGUCGGUCAAGGAUGUUCUUGAACUGAAUUUCCAAGUUGGGCAGCAACUGAAGAUAACUUCCAUUGGUCUGAAGAUGUUUGUGAGUAUAUCUGCUGUACUCAUAUACUUCUGAUUCCCCUUGGAUUGCUUUCUUAUUGAACAUAAUUUAUUUUGGAAUAUAGGAACGCCAAACUUCAAGAGAAGGUACCACUGCACCAUGUUCAUUCCGGAUAUCCUCAGAAGGGUUGCCAGUGAUUCUUCCAUACAUUAGAAAACAAAUUCUACACGCAGCUCCUGUAGACUUCAUACAUCUUCUGCAAUACAAAGCAGUCAAAUUUGCCAA